AUGCGGCACACGAAACCUCUAACUUCUCUAUUCAUUACGCAAUUGUUCUCGCAAAUAAUUGUCGCUGUAUGUAUCUGCGCUUUGAUUGUGAAUUUUUGGCAUCAUGAUCACCGAACGCUCUAUACUCUGGAUAAUUUUUCACGAGAGCAAGAUGAUUCGAACUUAUCUCGCAUACGGGAUGUAUCCGACGCAUGGAUAUCAACAGCUCUUGCAGCUCAGAACGAAUACCAGGAAGUGAUCCCAAUUCGUCUCAUGCAGCCUCCGUCGACACACAACUCCUUUCUCUCUGUUGCUGAGGGCUACGGUCUCUGCAGCACACUUUCCUUCGCCCUCCAGAACUGGACACUGAGUGAUCAGAUUAUGCACAGCAUUCGUCAAGUGGAACUUGAUGUCUUUCGCAUCGACUCCGAGCUCACAGUUUGCCAUCCCUGCUAUGAUGAAUGUACUUGGGCAUCUUGGGCAUGCAAUCGUAGCCUCAACACGUACGCUACCCCAACUGUGCCGCUCUCUUCACCGUAUUUUGGAUGCGAUCCGGAAAUAAAUCUUUCCUUCAAAACAGCUCUGGAGAAAAUCUGGCGUUCGUGUCGAACGUACGUUGACGAGCAUCCGCAGAGAAGGGCUCGUGAGCUCCUCAUCCUGCACUUGCAGCUGCACGUAGAUAGUUCAAUCACUGAACUGGAAGAAACCCUCGAUUCCAAUCCUUGGAUAUCACAGCUAGUCACCGAGAUUCGUGAGAGUAUACCUGAAAAAGCGCUUCUUCCCGCUGCUUUCGAUGAACCGUUGGAGGUCCUGAUUGAAAAAAGCGUUGCUGCGUUUCGUGAGCGGACGCCAGUUGUAGAAUACCCUGCUCUAUGGGUUCUACCAGUCAUCGACCUACUGAAUCCGAGCAAUGGGAAACGAACGCCUGCAAACAGCCCUCUCUUCUCACGGUCUGCUUCACCCCUGAGAAAAGUUGGGGUACCAAACGUGAACCCGCUGGAAUACCCAGAGAAUCGACUGAACCAUUUACUCCAAGACGGAACCUGCCUCGUUCAUGCGGGCGGAAGAGCUGCCUCGAGGAUCAGCAAGAACUUCACCUAUUUCGUCGGCUCUAUCUUCAGCUCUCCUGCGCACAUUACUGAAGCAUACCGUUGUGGGUUCGCUGUUCGUGCUGCUAUGCCAUCGAGUUCACUUCGGAAAGAGGCUCUAUGGGGAAUGAUCUGGUCCUGGAAAGCAAACUCUAGUAUCGCAGCGUUGACGAGCGAAACGCCCGAAGGAUUUCACCAACCCGUCUUCAUGGAUGCCACCGACUGCCGUUGGACGACGCAGAGCCCAGAUCUAGAGUAUGCUGCAGAUAUUUGGCUAUGCACAACAGAUCCAUCGAGAACGAUUGGCGAACGCACUUCAUGGAAUUUGGUGGCAGACUUGAAUAGCUCCUGCCUGGUGGAUAUUCCGCGCACAGGCUACGAGAACGCAUUCGCCUGUGCUGUGCUUCGCGAAAGAAAACUUCGCGGUGCAAGGCUCGGUGUAGCGAAAACCGUUGGCAACGUUGCUUAA